AAUAACUGCCGUAUGAAAGCGAAGCAAAGAUGGCGACGAGCUUUUGCAUUAUCUUCAUCAGUCUGCUCCAGCCACUAACCUGAAUUCUCACGGCGGUGCAACCACGUGUCAUUUGACACCUCCACUGGCAUCAGAUAGCCCCAUCCCCACCCCCUUCUCUAUACCUGUAUUCCAUCUUUUAUAUAUAUAUAUAUAUAUAUAUAUAAUCUCUCCUUUACGUAAACUUAUCCUGCUGAGUCAUUGCCUAAUCAGUUUGAUUUUGAUCGGAGAAGAUGGAUCAUGAAGCCGAUGCUUACCGGACUGAUCUCAUGACAAUCACACGUUUCGUUCUUAAUGAGCAAACCAAACAUGCAGAGUCACGCGGUGAUUUCACUAUCCUUCUCAGUAAUAUCGUCCUCGGCUGCAAGUUCGUUUGCUCCGCCGUUAAUAAGGCUGGUCUUGCUAAGCUUAUUGGACUUGCUGGUGAAACGAACGUGCAGGGUGAAGAGCAAAAGAAGCUGGAUGUUCUUUCCAAUGAAGUCUUUAUGAAUGCAUUGAUCAGCAGUGGCCGAACUUGUAUUCUGGUCUCUGAAGAAGAUGAAGAGGCAACGAUUGUUGAACCAUCUAAACGGGGAAGGUAUUCCGUUGUUUUUGAUCCAUUGGAUGGAUCUUCUAACAUUGACUGUGGAGUUUCCAUUGGAACAAUCUUUGGGAUUUACUUGUUGAAUGAAGAAAGUGAACCUACUGUCAAUGAUGUGCUGCAACCAGGGAAGAAUAUGGUGGCUGCAGGUUAUUGCAUGUAUGGAAGCUCUUGCACGCUAGUGUUAAGCACUGGAAGUGGAGUCAAUGGAUUUACGCUUGACCCAUCACUUGGGGAGUUCAUAUUAACUCACCCAGAUAUCAAGAUUCCUAAGAAAGGGAAGAUCUAUUCAGUUAAUGAAGGAAAUGCCAAGAAUUGGGAUGCUCCAACAACUAAGUAUGUGGAGAAAUGCAAGUUCCCAGACGACGGUUCAUCACCAAAAUCUCUAAGAUAUAUUGGAAGCAUGGUAGCUGAUGUUCAUCGAACGCUACUGUAUGGUGGUAUAUUCUUGUACCCAUCCGAUAAGAAAAGCCCCGAUGGGAAGUUGAGGGUUCUUUAUGAAGUCUUCCCAAUGUCCUUCCUAUUGGAACAAGCUGGAGGACAGGCAUUCACGGGCAAGGAAAGGGCUCUGGACUUGGUUCCAAAGAAGAUACACGAAAGGUCGCCAAUAUUUCUGGGCAGUUACGACGAUGUGGAGGAGAUCAAAGAGCUAUAUAAAGCUCAAGGAGUGAAUAACUGAUGUAUGCAGAAUAAUAAUUUAAAGAAUUUCCUUGUAAUCAAAUUGUUUUUUAUUUAUUGUCUUACUUUUUCAAAAUAAUUUAAGAAAUUGUUUGUUAUUUCCAUCAGUUUCUUCUUUAUGAAAACUGUUAAUUCUCUCUUCUUGA